AUGAGGAACGGCGGAAAAGAAACAAUGUCGUAUUUGCGCGACUGGCGACAAGCGUUGCGCGCACCGCACGUCUAUCGGGUAGCGAAUAGCACAUUCCGUGUACAAAGCCAGUGUUUACUGCUGCUUCUCCUUGUCGCGAGUGUGUCGAUUUUCUUCCUGGCGUAUCCGCUGCUGCAUACCGUCAUGUGUUCGCCACCAAGAACAUCGACCCUUACGCAGUGUCGUUAUUACAAGUACAACAAAACUUAUCCUACCUCGACACCCAUCAGAACUUCCAUGGGUAUCACCUAUAGAAUAGCGAUAGUCAGCGACCUCGAUCACGACUCCAGGCUGCCGGAUAAGAAAGACACAUGGCACAGUCUCAUGAAAACCGGCAGUCUUUAUUGGAAUCCCAACACGAAUUUUCUCUCUGUUAUCUGGGACGACAGAACUAUUACGUUAUCUUCCUCGCUGUCUAUGAAAGGACGUGGUAUGGAACUGUCAGAAUUGGUGACGUUUGACGGUCGUUUAUUAUCCUUUGACGAUCGUACAGGAAUGAUAUAUUUCCUUGAAGGUGAUCAAGCUUAUCCAUGGGUGAUCUUAAUGGAUGGAAACGGUAGAAAUCAAAAAGGAUUUAAAUCUGAAUGGGCAACCAUCAAAGAUGAGCAAUUGUAUGUUGGCAGUAUGGGAAAAGAAUGGACUACACCGUCUGGUGAAUUUGAACACAACAAUCCAUUGUGGAUAAAAGUGGUAUCGCCACGUGGGGAGACACAUUCUCUUAAUUGGAUUUCUUAUUACAAGCGAUUAAGGCAAGCAAUUAACAUCGAAUAUCCAGGUUACAUGAUACAUGAAUCUGCAGUUUGGAGUGACAUACACAAAAGUUGGUUCUUCUUGCCUAGAAGAUGUUCCCAUGAACGUUACAAUGAGACCAGGGAUGAGAUGAUGAGCUGUAACGUCUUGUUGACUGCAGAUGAAAAUUUUGUUGAUAUUAAAGUUACUUAUAUUGGAGAGCUAAUUCCAAUCAGAGGUUUCUCCAGCUUCAAGUUCCUUCCUGGUUCACAGGAUUCUAUAAUAAUAGCAUUAAAGACGGAAGAAUACCAAGGACGAACAGCUACUUAUAUCAUGGCUUUUACAACAGAGGGGAACGUGAUAAUGCCCGAAAGCAGAGUGAUGGAUAAGAAAUUUGAAGGACUAGAAUUUAUAUGACAUUCCAUAUAGAAAUAGUAAAUUGCUUAACAAACUUGUAAAUAGAUGUACAGAUUUUGCUUAAAUUUUAGAUAAGUUUUUAUGAACCCAAACUUUAAAAAACUCGGUGUAAAUAACUCUGAAUCACUUUUCCGAUCGAUAAAUACUUCUGCAUUUGAAGUAAUGGAAUAGAAAUUUUAUUCUCGCUGAUGUUAAACCAGUAAUGGCAAACUGCUUGCCAUUUAAAUAUAAGCUAAACUACAAUUGUAAAUAUAUA